UUAUUGAGUUCGUAGAACGUAUGUACAUCCUCUCGCGCUAGCAUUCACAACAGUGAAGAGCUAGCCGAAAAUUUCAGAUUGUGAAAUAAGCCGAGUGUUGUCUGUACUGCCCGUUUUGUUGUGUACCAUCAUGUCAUAUCAUCCUAAAAGCUUAAUUGAAAGGCUGAGGGAUAGUCUAGAGAGGAACAGAUUGCAGGAACCUUAUGAAGAGGCAGAGCAUGCGAUUGCUGGAGAAUGCAAAGAUAUGUGCCCAUUAAAGGAACAAAAAGAACGAGAAAGACAGAGAAGGCUUCAUUUUUUGGAGAUAGUAGCCGGAACUGAAAGAGAUCGAUGCCCAAAGGUUGACCAUUCUCUUGCCAUCAAGGAAUACUCAAGACCAGCAGCAGGCAAAGAGGAGGCCAACCCCAGUGACCUACGACCUCCACAUGUUCUUUUGAAGGUUGUCAAUCACAUUGUACAAAAUGUUCUGACCCGCAAUGACCUACCAUGGUUCAAAGUCUACAACUUUGCCUUUGAUCGCUUGAGGGCAGUUCGCCAGGACCUGGUCAUUCAAAGAGCAUCUGGCUUUGAGUGUGCUCUGAUUCUGGAACAGUGUGUGAGAUUCCACAUCUACUCGGCUUACAAAUUGUGUGCAGCCCCACUUUCAGAAUUUGUUCCCAAAAUAAACUCUGAUCACACCAGUGAAUGCCUCAAGAGGCUUCUAUACAUCUACCAACUCCAACGGCAGGAGGAGGAUGGAGAAUGUGAUGAGACCCAGCGAGAUGCUCAAAUCCAGAUGGAAUCUUGUCAUGUAAUUUUCAGUUUGGGUUCGUUCAAUGCUUUGUUCCAUGUUUUAUCAUUGCCAAAAUAUAUCAGGUUCAGCCCAAGAUUGAUUAAUGCUGUAGCUCUCACAAAAGCCUUCUGGGAAGGGAACUUUAUUCGUGUGAAGAAGUUAGCUGCCAGAUUGAGUGCAAUAGAAAUGUGUUGUCUGCAUACACAUUUGCAACACAUAAGGAGCCAAGCCUUGAUGACAAUGAACACUGCCUUCAGUAGUCGCAACCUACUCUUCCCUUCCCGAGUGAUAACUGAUUGGCUCAUGUUUGAUGAGGUAGAGGAGGCAGAAGAUUUUUGUCAUCACUUUGGUCUUGACGUGAAGGAUGGGAAAGUGGCAUUUUCCAAGAGUUGCUCGUUGCAGGAUUACAAGCUUCCCCCAAAACGCCCAUGGUGCACCUACGUAAAUUGCCAGCUUGAAGCCCUGACCAUACCAGAUAUCAUUGAAGGAGCAGUGAGGUAACAUUAAUGAAGCAUCUGAAUUUCAAAGUACUCUGCACAAGUUAUGUUCAUUUCAUGGUCAGUGCCCUACCUGAUGCAGUAUCCAUGAAGAAAAGGGAUGUACUGCUUUAAAGAAAGGAUGCAAUACUGGCUACAGGUUAGCACAUUGGUCAUUUAUUUGUGUAAUGACAUGCAUUAUGUAAUAUUUUACCAUCUAGAGAAGUGUGGCUCUUGACCUUUCAGGCCGUAUGACCCUGUGCCAAUCCAUUUUUAUGCAGUUUAAAGUGGAUUGGUAGGCAGUUCUGUUGCCCCUAGAAUGCAACACUUCAUAGAUUUGCUGGGGUUUGUUCAAUAAUAAAUGGUUCCUUUAAUAGUUCCUCCUCCUUUAUAAAACACCAAACGAUUCAUUAGGGUCAAUACCUCCAGAUUGAGAACUAUAGGUCUAGUUGACCAAUGAUCCAAGUUUACUACUAUGAAUAAAACAGAUUGUGGGCAGUUUCUUUAAAGGGCAAUCCAACCCUUGCAAUAAAUUCUCUGGUAUGAAAACAGAAAAAUAAGAGAAACAGAAUGCCAAAAGUUUGAAAUAAAUCUGACCUAUAAUAAAGGAGCUUUGAAUUUUUAAAAUAUGAGGUCAUUAAAUGUCUGUUAAUGUUGGAUAUUCCUUUUAGAGUGCAUGGUCUAAUUUAUGUGCCCUAAGUGUACAUUAUUAGUUCCUUUGUACCUUUGUAAGCUAGAAAAUGUAUUGUAACUGCUGGACAAGCUAAUUAUACAAAUCAUGAACCUUCAAAUAUUUUCUGAUGCAAAAGUCUACCAGACUUUUACUUUACAGUUCAUAGAGACUAAAGAAAUACGCAAGCAGCAAUUAUUGUACUAUAUACAAAUAGUUAUAAUUAAUCAAGUGGAUAAUACAUUUAUGUUGAGGUAUUAGAAAGUUAAGUACAAUAUAAUGAUUCAGUUAUGUACAUAAAUACUGUUUUUACCAUCAGUAGAUCAAGCAACUCUAACUGACAUCUGACAUUUCUAAAUCAGUAACUUUUGCUUUUAAAUAUUAUAGUACAAUAGCCUUUCCUCAAAACCCUAAAUAGAUAUGGUUCACAUAAGGUUCGAGUAAUAGUGAAGACAGAAAGAAAAAAAGUUAAGCUUAAGAAUCACUUGUGACACAAUAAAUCAUUGAUUUGUAAACAUAAA